CAUGAGUGACUUGUGGUCUAAAUAUUGUAAACAGUUAUCGUAGUCAGUCUUGAUGUUGUGCGAUAAAGACUCCAUUGAUUCUAUUCAGCAGUAUAUCAGCAAGCUGACGGAAUUUCUCUCUCUGUAUACUUGGAUUGUUGACGCCUAUGUAUCGGAUUAUUUCACUCAGCAUCACUGGGAUAGCCCCCCUUCAGCGUGGACAGAGUCCCUGCUAAACACAGAACCGACAGAACUGGUGUGGCUGCUGACGGAGGAAAGUCGUGCAUCAAAGGUGUGGCCUCUCUCACUUCUCGCCUUCAGACAGUGCACAAGUACUUACUCACUACCAAGGUCACAACAAGAGGUCAAACUACAGGGCCUGUCAAAACUUUCCUCACAAAGAUGUGUACAGGAUCAGAAAACCAGCUCAGUUGCUCAACAAGUUACCAAUCCCGACACAAAAUACUAUGAGUAUCUCAGGAAGCAUAUGCAUGUAAAACCAAAGAAACUUCACGAAAUCAAAAGUCUUGGAAAGGCUCUAAGGUUUCUUGGAGAUGCAUGUGACUGUGAGCACAUUGUGGAUGUGGGAGCAGGUCAAGGUCAUUUGUCAAGAUAUUUGACCUUCCAGCAUGGGUUCAAGGUCACAACAGUAGAGGCUGAAGGAUGCCAUGCUCCCAAAGCACAAAAAUUUGACAGAGAUGCUCAAAGACAGAUCUCAAAGGGUAAAGGUCACACUGAGACUGAAAGUGAGGCUGAUCUGCCAUGUCAUGUGACCUGUUACAUCACAGCAGACACAACCCAGGGCAAGUUCCCAGACAUUAUACAGGAGUCAUUCAACAGGUCUAAUGUUGGAAGCCAUUGUAAAGCAGAAAAUGAACCCAGGCUUACAAGAGAGACUACACAACACGGACUUACCAGUGUUCCAAAAAUAGACAUGAUGUCAUCUGUAUCAUUAGAUGACAAUAAAAACUGUGGUGGAGAACCUAACAAAAGGCUAAAGUUGACAAGCACUGAUAUUGAAAGUGAUAAUCAAGAUAAAGAUUUUUAACUUUUCCUGAAAGUGUUCAAAGUAAUAGAAAUUCUGAUGGGCAUAUUCCAAGCAAUAGUCCCCCGAGUUUUUCCAAUAAUUUCUGUGAUAACUGUGAAAAAUACUCAUGUUCCAAGGAAUCCACCUCCUGUGAUUCUAGUCAAAUCAAAGACGAUUCCUUGAUUGGAGAGCAGACUUCACUUAUUAGUGGAGGGGAUGUUUAUAAAUCUUAUAAUUGUGCUGUAGAUCAAGGCAUGCCAGGAUCUGAUAUUGUGGUGAAGUAAACCGAUGAAGGCUAUUCUUUAAAUCGAGAAUUCUGUGUGGAGACCCCUUCAGCCAAACAGGAUUUCCUUCUGACAGGACUCCACGCUUGUGGAGAUCUAACUCCCACAAUGCUUAGAGUGUUCACUUCCUGUCCUGAUGUAGUAGGACAAGCAUCUGUCGGCUGCUGUUAUAUGAAGUUGCCUAUCUCUCUCAAUAAAUCUGACCCUGUAGGGUACCCCAUGAGUGAUUUUGUUGCCAGAUUACCACACUUGGUCCUUAGUUAUGAAGCCAGAGAGAUGGCCUGUCAUUUUGCAGAUUCCUACAUCCAAAGAUUGAAAGAUAACCCACCCUCUCUCAAGCUACACUGUUACAGAGCUGCCUUACAGUGGAUAAUUCAUUUAAAACCUGAUUUUGUUACCGGGGCACAGAAAUUGUCCAUCAGAAAAGCUGAAAAACUUACAUUUAAACAGUAUGUCAUCUCUACUGUUAACAGUUUCACCGAGAAACUUUGUUUUGUUAGCAAAAAAGUGACAUCGGAUAAAGAUAUGACUUAUCUCCAAGAAAAAGGCUUAUUACAAAGUGGCAGGGCAAACAUUUUCUGUUUAUUAUAAGAAUUUAUUAUAUCAAGUUCCAGAUUUUAAAAUAAAUCAAUGUGAAGGAAAAUUUGCUAGAAUUUUGUUCUGU